UGACAGAAUAUGCGUUGUGUUGCAUUCUGUUCUUGGUACGUAUAUUGUGACUCAUGAAUUGGGUGUUGAAAUAAUAAUUCAGUGUAUUUUAUGACCAUAUCUAUCUACGCUUAUAAGGCUUACAAUUAGAUAUUGCAAAAAGAAAUGGUUAUUUUAAGUCCUGCAAUAUUAUCAUCGCAUUUUCGAUCAGUACUUUAGGAGUUGGUGUGCGUGGCCAAUUUUGCCAACUAUUUCCGGAAUAACCUCCGUAAGGUGUGUUAACGGCAUCAUAAACGUCGUAAAAUAAUACGCAGUUCCAAUAAUAUUAUCCCAAGUGGAAGGGUAUUAGUUUAAGUAACUUCAGGCUAAUUUAGUGUCUUCCCAAAAAUGGGCCUAACAAUUAGCAGUCUACUUACCCGGCUCUUUGGCAAAAAGCAAAUGAGAAUAUUAAUGGUGGGCUUGGAUGCUGCUGGAAAAACUACCAUAUUGUAUAAAUUGAAACUUGGUGAAAUUGUCACAACAAUACCUACCAUUGGCUUUAAUGUUGAGACUGUUGAGUAUAGAAAUAUAUGUUUUACGGUGUGGGAUGUUGGUGGUCAGGAUAAGAUCAGACCGCUAUGGAGACACUACUUCCAGAACACACAAGGUCUCAUUUAUGUUGUUGACAGUAAUGACCGUGAACGUAUUGGAGAGGCAGAACGUGAAUUAGCAAACAUGCUAAAAGAAGAUGAAUUGAGAGAUGCUGUUCUCUUAGUUUUUGCUAAUAAACAAGAUUUACCAAAUGCCAUGUCUGCAGCAGAACUUACAGACAAAUUGGGGCUAAAUUCUUUACGUGGACGUCAUUGGUACAUUCAAAGCACUUGUGCUACUCAAGGACAUGGACUUUAUGAAGGACUCGAUUGGUUGAGUAAUGAACUAGCUAAAAAGUGAUAAAGCACUGUCGUUAUUCAUAAUUUUCAUGAACAAUUUAUUCAUUGAGCAUGGACGUAGAAGACAGGUUGCAAUUUCCAUUUUGUCAGAUUACGCACUAUGUGUACGAUUUAAUACCACUGUGAUUGUAAUUUUUAAGAAAGGAAACUACUUGAAAUAAUAGAAUAUAACUUGAUUGACUCAGGACUAAAGACUGUCUGAGUCAGUGCUAUAUGCUGAAACAGGUUUUAUUUUCAAACUGAAAUUUUCCUUUAAAAUCAAAGCUGCAAAUGAAAAAUAAAACAUGAAUCAGAUGAGUGUAUAAAUUUAUUAGUUAUAUAUUAUCUGUAUGUUACUUAUCAUCAGUAGAGUUAUGAGUUUACUUAAAAAGUGUAUCUUGAGAUUGAAAUAAAUAUGGAAUAUUUCUACAUUAAA